CUGGGCGCGGUGUAGAGGGGGGUUGGCAGGCCUGGCCUGAGGAGAUUCAGCCGUCGACAUGCCUGGGAUAGACAAACUGCCCAUCGAGGAGACGCUGGAGGAUAGUCCCCAGACACGUUCAUUGUUGGGUGUAUUUGAAGAAGAUGCUGCAGCUAUUUCCAGAUACAUUAGCCAGUUGUAUCAAGCCAUGCACCGAAUUUAUGACGCACAGAAUGAAUUAAGUGCAGCAACGCAUUUGACUUCGAAGCUUCUGAAAGAAUACGAGAAGCAGCGGUUCCCUUUGGGAGGUGAUGAUGAAGUUAUGAAUUCCACUCUGCAGCAGUUUGCAAAAGUGAUAGAUGAGCUCAGUUCUUGUCAUGCAGUACUAUCAACUCAAUUAGCCGAUGCCAUGAUGUUUCCCAUUACCCAGUUCAAGGAAAGAGAUCUAAAAGAGAUACUGACUUUAAAAGAAGUUUUCCAGAUCUCCAGCAAUGAUCAUGAUGCUGCCAUCACCAGAUAUAGUCGACUGUCAAAAAAAAGAGAAAAUGAGAAGGUCAAGUAUGAAGUUACAGAAGAUGUAUAUACUUCACGGAAGAAACAACAUCAGACAAUGAUGCAUUAUUUCUGUGCAUUAAAUACUCUGCAAUAUAAAAAGAAAAUUGCUAUGUUAGAACCCUUAUUAGGAUACAUGCAAGCUCAGAUAAGCUUCUUUAAGAUGGGCUCAGAAAAUCUUUCUGAUCAGCUGGAAGAAUUUUUAACAAAUAUUGGGACAAGUGUUCAGGAUGUUCGCAGGGAAAUGGAUCGUGAAGUAGAAACUAUGCAGCAGACUAUAGAAGACUUGGAGAUAGCCAGUGACCCACUGUAUUUGCCUGAUCCUGAUACUACGAAAUUUCCUUCCCAAAGGAACCUUACUCGGAAAGCUGGAUAUCUUAAUGCAAGAAAUAAAACAGGGCUGGUGUCUUCCAGUUGGGACAGACAGUUUUACUUCACGCAGGGUGGAAACCUCAUGAGCCAGGCAAGAGGCGAUGUAGCUGGAGGACUUGUUAUGGAUAUAGACAACUGUUCUGUAAUGGCUGUGGAUUGUGAAGACAGAAGAUACUGCUUUCAGAUAACAUCUUUUGAUGGCAAAAAGUCUUCAAUUUUGCAGGCAGAGAGCAAAAAAGACUAUGAAGAGUGGAUAUGUACAAUAAACAACAUCUCCAAACAGAUAUACCUAAGUGAAAAUCCAGAGGAAAUUGCUGCACGUGUAAAUCAGUCGGCUCUAGAGGCUGUUACGCCUUCUCCUUCCUUCCAGCAGAGACAUGAGAGCAUGAGGCCAGCCGUACAGUCUCGUGCUCCCACAACUCGUACUAGCAGCACUGGGUCUUUGGGAUCAGAUUCAGCAUCUUUAUCAGCACUUUCCUUGGACUCGCUUGUGGCACCUGACACGCCCAUACAGUUUGACAUCAUUUCUCCAGUAAGCGAGGAUCAGCCUGGUCAAGCAAAAAUCUCAGGGCAAACAGGCAGACGUACAAAUCCUUUUGGAGAAUCUGGAGGAACCAAAUCCGAAACUGAAGAUUCUAUCCUUCAUCAGUUAUUUAUCGUAAGAUUCCUUGGAUCCAUGGAGGUGAAAUCGGAUGAAUCUCCUGAUGUGGUUUAUGAAACAAUGCGCCAAAUACUAGCAGCUCGAGCUAUACACAACAUUUUUAGAAUGACGGAAUCUCAUUUGUUAGUCACGUGCGACUGUUUAAAGUUAAUUGAUCCACAGACGCAAGUUACAAGGCUCAGGUUUCCUUUGCCAAAUGUAGUUCUCUAUGCCACACACCAAGAAAACAAACGCCUUUUUGGAUUUGUGCUUCGGACUUCAGCAGGGAGAGCAGAUAGCAGACCAACUUCAGUUUGCUACAUAUUUGAAUCAAAUAAUGAAGGGGAAAAGAUCUGUGACUCUGUAGGAAUUGCAAAGCAGAUUGCAUUACAUGCUGAAUUGGAUCGUAGAACAUCAGAAAAGCAGAAAGAAAUAGAGAGGGUAAAAGAGAAACAGCAAAAAGAACUAAGUAAACAAAAACAAAUAGAAAAGGAUUUGGAAGAGCAAAGCCGACUAAUAGCUGCUUCUAGUAGGUCCAACCAGAGUGUUGGUGAGGGACAAUUUGUAGUCCUUAGCAGUAGCCAGUCAGAAGACAGUGAUUUGGGAGAAGAUGGAAAAAAGAAACGGGAAUCUGAAGCUUGAGGUGACUUCAGUUCAAGUCUUUGGACCUGUUGACUUAGUCGCAGAAGACAUAAAGGUGGAGGGUUUGCUUUACUAGACGACACCCAUUAAGCUUUGAUUUUUCUUAAACUGCCUGCAUAAUGUAAAUGUGGACUUACUUGCAUGCCAUAAGGAACCAUGGAGAAACUUCAAUGGCUAUCGCAGAAUUGGACCUUAUUUCUUUUCUUUUCUUACCUA